UUUACGGCGAUGUCGCAGCCGAGGGCGGCGCUGCGGGGCGGGGCCGGGCUCAGGGCUCCGAGCCCUUCGCUACCGCUCGGCCGUGGCGCAGCGCCGAGCCGGGCCGCCGUGCCUCAGCCCGGGGGCGGCUGCAGGUUCGACUGAAGGUGGAUGAGAGCAGAGCAUGGAUAUGGGGAACCAACACCCUGCCAUCAAACGGUUGCACGAGAUACAGAAGGAAGUGAGAGAGAUCGAACAGCAAGUGGCAGUCUUCAGCGGGUUGUCCACGGACCGGGACUACAAGAAGCUGGAGAGAUCCCUCACCAAACAGCUGUUUGAGAUCGACUCUGUGGACACUGAGGGCAAAGGGGACAUCCAGCAGGCCAGGAAACGCGCUGCCCAGGAGACCGAGCGGCUGCUGAAGGAGCUGGAGCAGAACGCCAACCACCCGCGCAGGCUGGAGAUCGAGGCCAUCUUCAAGGAGGCACAGGCGCUGGUGGAGCGUGAGAUCACGCCUUUCUACCAAGGAGGCAACAGCAUCAACGAGGAGUUUGAAGAAGGCAUCCAGGACAUCGUGCUGCGGCUCACCCAGGUGAAGACCGGAGGGAAGGUUUCCUUGCGCAAAGCGAGAUAUCGCACCCUGACUAAAGUGUGCGCCGUGCAGGAGAUCAUAGAGAGCUGCGCCAAGAGACAGCUCUCCCUGCCACUCUCUAAUGAUGCGCAUCCUUCUGUCUCCAAAAUUAACUCUGUAAUGUGUGAGGUGAACAAAGCCAGAGGAACCCUUAUUGCGCUUCUGAUGGGAGUGAGUAGUAAUGAUACCUGCAGGCAUUUAGCCUGCGUCCUCACAGGCCUCGUCGCUGAUUUGGAUGCUUUGGAUGUCUGCGGUCGCAUGGAAAUAAGGAAUUACAGAAAGGAAGUAGUGGAAGAGAUCAAUAAAUUGCAGAAAUACCUGGACUUGGAUGAAGAAGCAAAUACUACUCAUGCUUAUGAUCUGGCCCAAAAUCAGUCCAUUCUAAAAAUAGAAGAAAUACGCAAGAAAAUGAAGGAAGUUAAUUCUUUGCUUUUAAAAACAGAGAAUGCUUCUGAUUUGUAUUUGGGAUCCAAAGCAGAACUGCAGGGAUUAAUUGCCCAGUUAGAUGAAGUGAGUCCGGGAAAAAACCCUUGUAUUAGAGAAGCCAGGAGAAGAGCAGUGAUAGAAGUACAGACUCUCAUAACAUACAUUGAUUUAAAGGAAGCACUUGGAAAAAGGCAAAUGUACGCAGAGCAGACUGCUGCAGAACAUCAGUCUCAUCAAGCAGUUUGGACUGUGCUUGGAAACUUGUCUCAGAUUCAGCAGGAGGUGAUUUCUUUUGAUGGAAAUAGAACAGAUAAGAACUACAUGCGAUUGGAAGAACUCCUUACAAAGCAACUUCUUGCACUUGAUGCCGUCGACCCACAAGGUGACGAGCGAUGUAAGGCUGCCAGAAAGCAAGCAGUAAAGCUUGCACAGAAUAUCCUUUACUACCUGGACAUGAAAACAGAUGAAUGGGAGUACUGAAGGAAACGUGGCCUGACAUAAAAUACCAUUUUUUUUCCUGCGGCACUUCAUGUAGGAUGAUAGCUACACUGGCAGCACAUAGUGAAAGUAGUGUUCUAUGCUUGCUUAAAUCACGGAGGUUGCAUACAAAGUUACCUUGGCUAUAUGUGUGCUAUCCCACGCAGUCACCCACUUGCCAUGGCAACUGUCAGUACACCAUCAGCAAUUCUGGUCACUGCUAUAAGCAAUGGAAUGAGAUUCUCUGAAGGAGCAGCUUAAGUGUUGAUUGAACGGCUUCUUUUUCUUAAUCUGUCUGUGUUUUAAUAACCUGGUGUAACAUUCAGAGAACGCAAAUGUUUCAAAGAUGCCGAAAAUUCCUUGUGGUGCAGUACUGCAGAGCUGUUUCAAGAAAGCUGGGCGUGAAAAUUAGUGUUUAAGCACAAGGCUCCAUCCAGCAGCAUCGUAGCAGUCUGGAUAUACUCUUAAUGUGCUGCUUUGAUGAAAAGUAUUAAAUGCAAACAAAAAAAAACCAACUUGCUGGCUUUUGGGUUGUGCUUGUUUUAUUCCAUCCAUCACACCUUCUGCUUGCUUAGAUCUCUUUAGAUUUCCUGCUCGGCAGAAGUACAAUGCCAGCUUCAAAUUCACAUAGGCGAAGCCACUUUUGUAUGGCACCUGUGAACUGUCAUUUGCAAGAACAGCUUUUCUGCUGGUGGAAACUCUCAAAUAUUCUUUGCUUUAAGAAGCUGGGACUCAAAGAGGACAAUCUGUAGAUAUUUACUGGCCAGAUGAAUUGGGUUUUGAGGAUUUCACACUGCCAUCCAUUAGAACCUGAAAACUGCAAUGAACUUUUUUUAAUGCUACUUAGGGGUCUUUUUAAAUUCUGCUGUUCUAUCUGGUUUUGACUCGCCUUCCCCUGUUUGAUUAGAGCAGAAGUCACUUUGAAGCGGAUGAGGAUUUUGGAUUUAUUUUUGUAGUGUUAGGUAGUAUAAAGGCAUCCCUAAUGAUGUACGUUUGUGUGAUACACGUAGAUCUUUCAUACUGGUCAGGUGUGGCUUUAGGCAUGUCUUGGAAGAGGCUUUUGGCAUACGUCUCUCUUUGUAACUCCCUGCUUAAUUAUAAAUGAGCUUUGUAAAUCAGCUCGAUUGUACUACUUUAUGCACUACCUUUUCGUUUGUUGCUGCUAGCACCCAUCACAUUUCUACUAUAGCAUGGUUUUGAGUUUUGUUUUGUUUGGGGUUUAUUUUGAGCAUGGCAUUAAAAUGAAUUAAUACAGAGAAAUAUAUUUAAUUACAGAAACUUUGCACUUCGCUCUUUCAUGUUGAAUUAAUGAAUCAAUGUAGGUGAUGAUUUGUGCCUCUUUAUGGAGUAAAAACCAUUUCGGAUGUUAAACUUUAAACAAAGUAUUUUUAGAUCUAUUUUAAACUGAUUAAAUAAGACAGUGCUGUCUGUGAGAGACAAGUGCCUUUAGGACACCACAAACUUGCACCAUCAUGUGUAGAUAUAGAAACUGUUUAUGGCAGCUUGAUGCAAACUGGAUUUAUUGUGUAUAUAUAAGUGCACUGUAUCUCAAAUGAACGUAAUGCAAUAGGUGAGAAUUGCUCUAUGGCGUCCUGACAACAAGCAUCAGCUUUAGGAAAAGCAGACUCUGUUUAAAAAUGAAUUUAUUUAUUUUAAGAUAAAUAGGGAGAUUGGGGACAAGGAGGGAGAGAGAACUCUUCUUCUGCAUCGUGCUUUCAGGUGCUGCUGAAAGCCUGUGUAACUUCAGAGUGUGAAUACAUUUUGUUUUGUGACAGAACAUUUGCUGGAGGGUUCUCCAUGGCUCUUCAACCUUGUUGAAUUUAUCUUCCCUUACCUAAAAAUAAUUAAAAUAAGUAGAAUCAUCUCCUUUGGGUAAAAUUCCAGUCUGUGUUUAUAGGUUUUAUGGCUGGCACGGAAUAGUGAUGUUUGACACCUGAAUUACUGGACUCAUUUCAAGAUUUCUUGGUGUUUGAACUUCAGCUUGUUGUUUAUGCUUAAAUUUGUAGGAAAUGUAAGGAUUUCAUAGUGUGGUAAUAGAAUGCAUCUUUCUUUUGUACUGCUGUCAGGUCUGCAGUGGUUACUUGUAGGCUGUUUAACGUUGGUGUUCUUUGGAGGUCGUGUGUAGCUUUAUAAAUGUUUGAACUUAGGCGAAAAUGAGUAAGUAUAGUUUUCAGAUCUAUUUUAACUCUGCUUGUCUUUCAGCUUCUCUGGAUAAAAAAUCAAGCCUGUGUCUCUAGUCAGGCAAGUGUGUAAGGUUAGUGUCACUUCCAUUAACUGACUAGGAUUUGGUAGCACGAUACAGUGUGGAUUAAGCUUUUCCCCAUUGUUCUGUAAUCUAAUCAAUUGAUAAUCUAAAUUUUAUGGUAAAAAUCCUCAUCUGGAAUGGGAUCAGUUUAGAUUUUGCAUGAAUGAAAACUAAAUAUACUUAAUCAAAAGAAAGGAAAGCAAAAAGUGGAGGUUUCUCAAAGUCUUGCUUUUGUGCUAAAGAAUGUAAUGGCUCUUUUUGAUAUCCAAAGAUUGAGAAGCACACAGCGUCUCACUAUGGCAGGCUAAAUAAUCAGCGAAAUGCAAGUGGACCAAGUUGCAAAAUCUUGCAUUUUAGUGCUCCAUGGAAGUGAAGUAACUUUUCCAUGCACUUGGCAACCUACCUUAGAGCUAAACAGGUCACUGGAUAUUUUGGGGAGGUAAUGAUACAUCCCGAUUUCUAUUUGUUUAUUGUAUUUCCCUUUGAAUUGGUUUUGUUUGGUUAUGUCAGCGUUUAUUUUUGUUACUUAGUUCGGAGGAGGCUUUUGUUAAAGUAAAUUACUGUACAUACUCCUAUGGUGUAUGUCUUGAUUUAUUGCUGUGUGGGGUGUGGCAUUUGUAUAUACAAAUUCAAGGUUAAAUAUUGCAGUGUUAUAUUCCUGAUUAAUAAAAAUACAUUGCUAAUUUUACAAGGUGUUCAUUUGAAUGUUAUGCCCUGCUGCCUUUAUUUAUUUAUGAAUGUGAGUUAUCAGAAUGUAAAUUAUUUUUGUCUUAGAAAAAGUCAUUAAACAUAUAGACAAAAAGUUCUCUCUCUUUUUUUUAUCUCCUUCCUCUAAAAGUUUGCUUUUUCACUGCUGUAUUUAACAAAAUAAAGUUCUUUGUGUGGAAACCACCCCCACCUCUA